ACGCGAGUCGGUGGGCUUGGUAAGGGAGAAACGCUCCGACACGAAUGUUCGUCUCGCUUUCGUGUGCAAUGAGCUUGUGCGUGACCAGCUACCACGCUACGACACGGUGAAACAUUGAAUACUUCCGCAAGUCAUUCCCUGCAUGGCCCGUGAUUAGAAGUGCCCCUCUUGCCUGGUCGCCAUGACUGUCCCAGACCAGGCGUCCACUCUUGCCGAGAAAAAGAACGGGUGUGCAACUUCGCCUACGAGCAAUGCGAGAAAAGGAAUACCUCGUUACGGGCCCGACAGCGUCCACAGCUGGAUGACGGCAGGAGCAUGCGCCCUUGCUACAUUUUUCGGCGUCGGUGGACGAAGGUCGAGUGGCUUCUUGUACGUGGCCAUUCUGGACACCUUCGGCGCCACCAGAACACAGGCUGCAUGGCCCAUCAUAUUACUCGGCGGCGUGCUGCUGCUAACAGGUCUCAUUGCUGGGCCGUUAGCGCAUCGAUAUACUCCACGACCUGUGGCGAUAGUCGGCGGCUUCAUUGGAGCCCUUGGACUCAUGGUUUCGUACUUCGCCACCAACACUGAAUACCUCGUUUUCAGCUUGGGUAUUGUCCACUCAAUCGGCAGUGGUAUGCUGUUUGUCGUUAUUCCGACUGUCAUCAACGAGCACUUCAUUCGCUACAAAGGUCUUGCCAUGGGAAUCAAUUUCGCUGGUGCUACCAUGGGCACAUUCGUUUUUCCAAAGUUCCUCGAGCUGACGACCAAUCACUACGGCUUUAAAAGUGCCCUGCUGCUCUUCGGUGCUCUUUGUCUGAAUGCCGUGGCUUUCAGCCUCUUUCUGCGUCAGCCAUCAUGGCUAAAGAAGAAGCUGAAGGAGCAGAAGGACAAGCAGGCCCAAGAAAACAAGCUGCGCAGUGUGACUGACACUGCUGGCCACACCGCAAAAGCCAGCCGCAAUGCGAUUCCAAAUGGAUCGACAGAUGGCCACGCAAGUGCGAAAAAACAGGAAUUAGUGCCAGGAUCAUUUCGUCACGGCCUUACCGUGUUCUCGUGUCCCAUGUUUUACGUGGUGAUGUACUCUUACAUUGCGUUCAGCUUCGCCUUCGAGUGCUAUAUUUCGCUACUGGUUGAUUUCGCGAUUGACCGUGGAAUAAGUGUUUCACACGCGGUGACCGUGCUCUCAACCAGUUCAGUGGCCGACCUGGUCGGUCGGCUGACACUUCCGGCACUGGCUGACAGAGGAUACUUCACUCGUCAAUCCCUGAUGACCAUCAGCUUCGUGUGGAUGGGAUCUCUGUACAUCAUGCUUCCGUUAGCGGAGAGCUACGCUGUAGUGUUCGCAAUGGCGACGGCGAUUGCAUUCUGCAUCGGCACUACCGUAGUGUUGUUUUCUGUGCUGUGCGCGGAGUACGUCGGCAUCGAAAGAGUGUCUAUGGCGUAUGGCAUGGUGUCAGCGUCUGCGGGGAUGACGUCACUGGGAAAGCCACUCGUAAUUGGCUACUUCCGGGACAAGGUGGGAUCUUACGACAACCUUUUCCGCUUUUGCGGCUCCGUAGUGACACUGGGUGCCAUCAUCUGGAUCGUCGUCCACAUCAAGCUCUGGGCCACAUCUAAGCACACGUGGACAUUGGACAAUGGCACGCUCUGUGGCUCUCACGAAGCCAAUGCGAAAAAGGGCCAGCCUUAAGUUGUCAUUAUCCGAGUGUAUAUGAACGAUUCGAGUGCGUUGCGGGCCACAAAUGCAUUUAUUUUCCCACCAACGCCCCUUCCUUCGCGCCUACUUUAUGUGCAUGCAGGCUGGCUUGAGCGCGUUUAUCAAGCGCCACGUUUGAACGUAAAUCAACAGGUUUUUUGUGAUCAUGAAGGCGGUAGGUCCGCGUAGGCGAAAUCGUUCUCUUCGAAAGCGCAUGAUGGAAGGGUAGAACCAUGACCUUGUUUGAUUUCGUGCACUGACACACAAAAGAGGUAUGUUCACGCAGCCGUCCCACAAAAUAGUAACCUGCUGGAACACUAAUCAAGAGUUUUCGUAGUUUUUUUGUUUUUUCGUGGCAUGCUUUACCAACAUGCGCUUCCACUUAUUUGAAUGUACAGUGCCACUCCACCACAAGUUGUAUAGCUACAGUGAAUGUUGCGAAGAUGAAAACACCGAGUGGGUGAAUACCGCGAAGGUUUCGUGUUCUAAUAGACUAGCUUAUUACUUUUCUUGGCCCUCAUGUAUUGAGAGACUGCGCCAAAGAAUGAUGGCAGAACAUAUCAACCCUGCUGGCCCCCUGCUACAUUCCGAUGAAUUGGUUGCCUUGGAAAGUAGGCGGGUGCUACAGUGGUAUUGCUUGAAUGAGAGGACACUUUUUCAAUUCAUUCAUAUAUAUAUAUAGAGGAGUGUGUCCACGAAAAAAAUGUCACCAUAGAACAUAUCUGCGCAUUAUUCUCUAGUAGUAUACGAGAUAUUGCAUACCUUCAUGUCAUCCGUGAUAAUGUCUGUGUUUCACGCAUAUCUUAUCAGUCUUUUAAAUGGCAGUUGCCGGACUUCUGCGUUAACUUAAGAGUGAAGCGUUCAACAUUUUCUUGAUUCAAGGAAUUAUAAUAAAAAGAAUAUAACGUG